AUGGCCACAGUGCGAUCUUCCCUUCCUCAUGAGGACAGGACGGCAGCAGAACCUCGAGAAAGCAACCUUGAACCAGUCCUUCUUUCCAAUAUCCGACAGGUCAACGACACAAUACGACUGCUCAGACUGACCUCAGUCGAUCCUACUCUAAAGUUCUUACCUGGGCAGUGGCUGGACACCUUCAUCCCAGGCCUUCCAAAGGCCGGAGGCUUCACAAUCACGUCAACACCAAGCGAGGCAAGACCCAGCGGCGGCCACCCAGGCCAUAUCGAGCUCGCAGUCCAGAAGAGUACCAAUCCUCCAGCACAAUGGCUGUGGCAGCCCAGUGAGGCCAUCAUGGGCAAGCAAAUCGUUGUGAGAGUGGGUGGCAGCUUCACUUGGCCUCCUCCACAACUGGACACCGGUCGGAUCAAUCGUUUGGUCCUCAUUGCGGGAGGCGUAGGAAUCAAUCCUCUCAUCUCGAUUUUCGGACAGCUCAUUAGAUCUGCUUCGCGGCCAAAGGAGAUCCAUUUCAUCUACGGGACCAAAGCAGAAUCAGAACUAGAUCCACAGCGAAUUUUGUUCUUAUCUCGGCUCACGGAUUUGAUAGCAGCCGCUGAUGAUAGAAAUGUCACGCUUCGGUUGUUUCUGACCGGUACUGGAGACGAAGGACGUAUUGAACAUGGUCGCCUCCCGAACAAGACAUACGCCGGCAGAAUCACCCAGUCGGAGCUUGUACGGGCGAUAGACGGGUAUGCAGAUGACAAGGCUGGUCGAUCAAACACCUUGUGCUACGUCUGCGGAGUGCCCAGAAUGACGGAUGAGUCUGUCGAGUUCAUCUCGCGGCAGGAUGGCAUGGCUAAAGAACGUGUCUUGUGUGAGAAAUGGUGGUAG